GCCUUCUCUUCCUUGCCCCAAAACAUUGAUUUAAUCUUCGACGCUACUUCGCGACUUGUCCGGUAUGACUUUAUUUAACACAUCGUCGGUAAAUGAUCCUCUCGUGCAACUGCAAAGCCGCUACCUACACAGAUUCCUCAGUCGAGGUAAAUACGUAGCUCUGGGUUGAUCGUAUCCCAGCGGCGACAGCAGCAUCAUCACGAGUCUGAGCGCGGUGUUGAAUUUUCUUCUUUGCUCCAGUGCAAAAAUGAAGCUAUUUGCAAACUUUUAGACAUUUUCAACCAAUCUCAACGAGUGCGUGUGAGUUGUAUUUUCUGUGAUAUCGAUAUCUAGUGAAAACUGUGCUGACAGACAGGACAGCCAUGUCUUCUGUGAACGUUUCCAAAAAGGUUCCUCGCGAGCCGAAAGUGCUGCUGCGAAGCACUUCUUUCCAGAAGCUUUGUUCCGCAUCGUAUAACUUCAAAAUAGAAGCGAUUCAAUCGUAUAAGGAACACAUCAAAACGGUUAUAAAACUCCUGAAGAUCGCUACCCGAGUGUACGUUAUCUCGGUUUAUUUCAAAUUUAUAACCACCGUCCUUUUCAACGCGUUCUUCGUGAAGCUGUACACCCAACUAAAGAAAAACUACAUCACUGCAAACGAAGUGCUGGAAUCACCCAAAUCUUUCACUGCUAAGCCGAACCUUGAGCACAGCAACAAGGAAAGCAAAGCUCCACCGUCGCGAGGGCCAAUUGUCUCCAAUUUUAUUUCGCAUUACAAAACCGCCGUUCAAACGAUCCUGGCAUACACCUGCAUCGGAUACAUUGCACUGGAAAUACUCUCGCUGAUGGCAACCCUUUGGCUAGCGUCAAACAUACCGUUCGGUCUCGUGUUUCUCAUGCUGGACUUGAGCUACAUAGGAUUCAUUAUGUUUAAGAUUGCUUUGCAUUAGCGGCAUGAGCUAGCUACCACCAUCGACCUCACUUCCACCUACGGAACAUGCAACUCGAGCUCGAAGGACGAUGUCAAAAAUCAACAUCAACGAUUCCGUUCGCACCAUUUUGUCCAACUGCAAGUUACAGUGCACAUCAAACUCGUCAGUCAAACUCUAGGCACAGUUCGGCACGAUUUUUCUGGCUGUUAGUUUCUCACCAACACCGACUCAGAAAUCCACGGCCGGGCCGGGGCACCGACUCCCCUUAUCGCCUACCACCACCACCGCAUAUGGUGUAGUAAAAAUGUAUCAGCAACGAAGAAAGGAAAAUGGAAAAGUCUAAGUAAAUAAAACGCUUAUACCUAAGCAGAAGAACGAACACACGAAA